UCACACAUGUAAGGGCGUCCUCUAGGUCGCGCCAGACCAGCAUCUCUCCCAUCUGUAACGGUCGGGUCGUUAAACAAGCAUGCUUCUUUGCCUCGUGCGGUAAAUCUUGAUCGUGAUGACCUGCGUUACAUGUGAAUCAUCGUGUUCUAACCAAAUCUUUGCAUCCCGGCCAGCAGCCCAGCUGCUCUCUGAGACGGCUGAUUCCAAUACACAAGUAGGAUUAUCGCCGUCUAAAGUAUCUGUUUCUAGUGUGGAAGAAAAAGAGCAGAAAGCAUGCAUCAUAGAUGACCUGGAUUAUGUAUGGCACUGUGCCGUGCAUGCAGUUAGUUGUGAGCUGGGAGUGGGAGGCUGUGACAAAGAAGAUCUAUGUAAGAAAGGACUUGGCGAAGUCUGGCCCCCUCAGAACAUCAAGGAAACAGCAAAGGAUAUGGAUACGGCCUAUGAUUUUCGUCGGCGUGGGUUGCUCUCCUUCCCUUCGGAGUGCGUCCAAAUCAUCAAAGCUUACUUAAUGAAGGGCGCUCUCUUAGCACUCGUUAAAGCUUCUUUAUCGACUUUGGAAAAUCUAAUCGCUGUUUGACUAGUUUGAUGCUUCUUCUCGGGAGGCAACUAUCGUCCUCGCACUUGGGGGCUGUGCCCCGCAAGUCCCAUGUCGCCAUUUGAUUCAAGCAACGCUUACAUGCAACGGAACGCUUGGUGGACGGGGGGCUCUGGAGAUGUAGGCUCUGGGCUUGCUGGUGUAGGCGUGCGAAUCCAGCUAGAGUAUGG